AUGUGCAAAUCGGCGAUCUGGCACCACUUGGGCUGGGAAGAUAUCGCGCCUUGGAUUGAACAGCUACCGCAUGUGCGGCGCAAUAUGCCUUCACAAGUUCUCAACGAAGAGUUCAGAAAGAGAACAACCAUUCUGAAAUUCCUCGAGGGCGCCGAAUUUUGUCCGUAUCAACUCGUGGCGAAGAAAUACAUUGAGAGCAGCCUAACUAGUAUUGAUGUCAUUUUCCGUCUGGCCGAAACCAUGCUAGCAUUGAAAGGCUUCAAGCUCGAUAACGUCACCCCGUUGGAGUGGUUUCGACAGCGCCUGCAUGAGAUCAUCAACGCCGAAGGGAGUAGAUUCAGUCUCACCAUGACGAUUCUCAACUUCCGUCAUGACCCCAAGUAUGUCAAGCUGCGAGAUCUCAACGGCGAGAGAACCAUGGGCCCGUCGCAAACCAAUGAUUCGAAUCACGACGGCCACACUACCGAUCUUUGUUGGAACAAGUGCAUUGUCGACACCGUUGGAACCAAUGGAGCACAGUGCUGGAUCGCCGGCGAUCGGGAGCCCGCCGGCGGAAACGGCUGCCCUGCUUGUGCCAUCUGCAGCGAACCUGUCAACUUCCACUUGGAGUCGGAGCGUAUCAACGAGAUUCGGUGGUUUGACAACGCCCGCAAGUUCGAGAUCGUUUGCAAGGGGGGUGUUUUGGUACCAGACAAGCCGAGAGGAAAUUUCUUGAUAGAAUUCAAGGGGGAACACACGAAGAAGCAAUUCCUGGAAUUUUGCGUCGAGAAGAGCAUCAACUUGGUCAAUACUAAGACUCACAACAUUGCGAUGGCGGGCCCUCUGGUAUCCCAAACUAUUUCAAGAUGCGUAGAAAUCGGUAACACGCGGGCCACCGUGAAACUACCUUCGCUCAGGCCUUGCUAUGCUGGCUCCGUCUCCGGAACUUCCCAACUUUUCCUCUAG